AUGACCUACACUCAGCUCCUGGCCAGAUUUGGGGGUCGGUUCCAAAUUCGUAGUGUCCUGGCCCGACAGUGCCUAGCAGAGUUUCUCGGUGUGUUUGUGCUCUUGCUCCUCACUCAAGGGGCUGUAGCCCGGGCUGUCACCAGUGGAGAAACCAAAGGCAACCUCUUCACCAUGUUUCUGGCUGGCUCUUUGGCUGUUACCAUAGCCAUCUACGUGGGUGGCAAUGUCUCAGGGGCCCACCUGAAUCCAGCCUUCUCUCUGGCCAUGUGCCUCCUGGGACGCUUCCCCUGGGCCAAGCUCCCCAUUUACUCCUUGGUGCAGCUGCUGGCUGCUUUCUGUGCUUCAGGAGCCACCUAUGUCCUCUACUAUGAUGCCUUACAGAAUUAUACAGGUGGAAACCUGACAGUGACCGGCCCCAAGGAGACAGCCUCCAUCUUUGCGACCUACCCUGCGCCCUAUCUGUCCCUGAACAAUGGCUUCCUGGAUCAGGUUAUGGGCACUGGAAUGCUGAUUGUGGGGCUCUUGGCCAUCUUGGACACACGGAACAAAGGAGUGCCUGCAGGUCUGGAGCCUGUGGCAGUGGGGCUGCUGAUCCUCACCCUUGCGCUAUCCAUGGGUGUUAACUGUGGGUUGCCACUCAAUCCUGCUCGGGACUUGGGCCCACGACUUUUCACCUAUGUGGCUGGCUGGGGCCCUGAAGUCUUCAGUACUGGUAAUGGCUGGUGGUGGGUGCCUGUGGUGGCCCCCCUGGUGGGGGCCACGCUUGGCACAGCCACAUACCAGCUGCUGAUAGCUCUGCACCACCCUGAGGAGUCAGAGCCAGCUCAGAAUCUGGAGUUAGCCCAACACAAAGCCUCAGACUUGGAAACUCCUGCCUCAGCUCAGAUGCCGGUGUGUAAGCUAUGAUUAUGACAGCCCUCACCUCCCUCAUGGACA